GCUUUAGUUUCUUUGUGAGAUCACAUCAGCUAUUGCGAAGCGAUUUCUAUCUCUGGCGACUUUUAUUCUUUUUGAUUCCUCCCCGUCUUUCAUUAGUAAAUCACAAUAAAUAUGUCGGGCGAUAGUGUACCUGACCACUACUGGAAAAAUCUGCUAGCAAUCACUACAAAAGCAACUUCUGAAUCGCAGAAUAAUGCGGAUGUCACACCAAGACCGAUGAGCGAGGAGAAUCGGAAAUGGCUCGAAAUGGUCAUGGAAGACCUGGUGAAGGAGAGUGAUCCAGGUCGACAAAUGGAUGCUAUCCUGAAAAGUUUGCAUUCGUAUGCUUCGAGCAUCUCAGAAUUGACUGAAACUGACAUCGAAAAGAUCUAUGAACUUACGGAUCACCUAGAUGACAUACUUGGUUAUGCGGAGAUCACGAAUAGUUUCGUGGCAAAGGGAGGCUUGCUCAUCAUCGAAACUUUUAUGUGUCAACGACAACACUUAUCCUUGCAAUGUCGUUAUGCAGAACUUGUGCUCAGUUUGACUGAAAAUAAUCCACAAACGCAAUCACUAUUCGCUAGAGAGGGUGUUCUUGCAAAACUGCUAGAAAUUCUUGCGGACGACACAUAUGAUGAGCGAUUUCUCUUCAAAGUUCUUGGUGCGGUAUCCGGUUCUGUUCGUUCACACAUCGAGUCGUUUGAAAUAUUUCGCGCCAGCGGUGGUGUGGAGCUUUUCUCGAAAAUUGUUGAAAGAGCUGAAAGUGGAAAACUAGCUGGAAAAGCUGCUCGUGUGCUGACGAGUAUCGCCUACACUUUAGUGGAUUCUCCCUCGCAUGUCAAGUUGCUCGUUUUUGACAUAUUAUCCAACUUUCUGUAUGUCUUGCAGAACUUCGCGAAUGAAUGUAAAAGUGAGCUGGAUUAUAUAGGCGAAUACAUUCUUGAUUUCGUGGAUAUCAAAGCAAUACCAAAGGAACUAGCAAAAGAGAUGGCUGCUUCUCUCGAAUAUUUGACGGUCGACAUCCCUGUGAGCGGAUCUUUGGUCAAGAAACUCCGUGCCGUCACCUAGAGCAGCUGCAGUAAGAACCUCUAUAAGAUGUCCGGACGAAGGUCUCAUGCAAACAAGUGAUCUGAAGCGCUAGUCAGUGUUGUAGCGCAACUGAAGGCCAUUUUACCUCAGUAAUGUGAUUGUAAUUGUUUUUCUGAGUUUCAUUCUUAAUAAAUUGUAAAGAAC